AUGUCUGGCCGCGGUAAAACUGGAGGGAAAGGUCGAGCUAAGGCCAAGACACGUUCGUCCCGAGCUGGCCUACAGUUCCCGGUGGGCCGAAUCCACCGACUGCUGCGCAAGGGUCAUUAUGCAGAGCGGGUUGGGGCUGGAGCCCCUGUUUAUCUGGCUGCCGUCCUUGAGUACCUGACCGCCGAGAUCCUCGAGUUGGCGGGCAAUGCAGCGCGGGACAAUAAGAAGAGCCGCAUCAUUCCCCGCCAUCUGCAGCUCGCCAUCCGCAACGAUGAGGAGCUUAAUAAACUGUUGGGUGGGGUCACCAUCGCUCAGGGCGGCGUCUUGCCCAACAUUCAGGCCGUGCUGCUGCCCAAGAAGACCGGGCACCCCAGCAAGGUCUACGCCUGA